AUGGUAACGACGCUCAGUCCAAAGAUGGCGCCCGAGUGGGGUGGAGGAACGGGUUCCUCCGGCCCGGGCCCGGGCCCAAGCCGGGGGCGCUGGAGCGGUUCUUUAUGGGUCCGAGGCGUUUUCCUUUUGUUGGGCGGGCUCCGAGCAAGCGCUACGUCUAUUCCGGUCUCCUUGAGCAGUUCCCCUCCCUGCCGGCACCACGUCCCCUCUGACACUGAGGUAGGGGGACGGAGGGGCGGGAGGGGUCCCUGUGAGGGUAAAGUAAUAUGGGAGGUCUGGGAUGGGUCCCCAGAAUUUGCAGUUCAAGUUUCCAGAUGGUUGCUCCCUGAGAAAAGAUACCUUGUAAAGAACAAACUUUUUCCACAAGCUAUUUCUUAUUUAGAGAAGACUUUUCAGGUCCGUAGACCUGCGGGCACUAUCUUACUUAGCAGACAAUGUGCAACAAACCAAUACCUACGGAAAGAAAAUGAUCCCCAUAGAUACUGUACUGGGGAGUGUGCUGANUUUAUCCGAAAUAUUUUUAUUUCCUCUUCCCAUGUACAGCAAUGCAGGGUCUGCCGUGGGGGUAAGUGGUUCUGUGGAGCAGUGGGUGUGCCAGAUCAAGAGGGCGUCCGCGAUGCUGACUUCGUUCUUUAUGUUGGUGGUCUGGCCACUGAGAGGUGCAGCCAUGAAAACAUAAUCUCUUAUGCAGCCUAUUGUCAGCAGGAAGCAAAAAUGGACAGGCCAAUAGCAGGAUAUGCUAACCUGUGUCCAAAUAUGAUCUCUACCCAGCCUCAGGAGUUUAUUGGGAUGCUCUCCACAGUGAAACAUGAGAUUAUUCAUGCCCUGGGUUUCUCUGCUGGGCUAUUUGCAUUCUACCAUGAUAAAGAUGGAAAUCCUCUAACUUCAAGAUCUGAAGAUGGCCUCCCACCUUUUAAUUACAGUCUUGGAUUGUAUCAAUGGAGUGAUAAAGUAGUUCAAAGAGUGGAGAGAUUAUGGAAUGUUCGAGAUAAUAAAAUAGUUCCUCACACUGUGUAUCUCCUAGUAACACCUCGUGUUGUCAGCCUCUACUGGUAUAAAGCUAAUUACAGCAUGGCUGAGAAGUUAGACUGGGGCCGAGGAAUGGGCUGUGACUUUGUCCAGAAGAGCUGUAAAUUCUGGAUUGAUCAGCAGAGAAAAAAGAGACAGAUGCUGAGCCCUUACUGUGACACCCUCAGAAGUAAUCCCUUGCAGUUAACAUGCAGACAGGACCAGAGAGCAGUUGCAGUGUGUAACUUGCAGAAGUUCCCGAAACCUUUGCCUCGAGAGUACCAGUACUUUGAUGAACUCAAUGGACUACCUGCAGAAGAUUUGCCUUAUUAUGGUGGCUCAGUAGAAAUUGCUGACUAUUGCCCUUUCAGUCAGGAGUUCAGUUGGCAUUUAAGUGGUGAAUAUCAACGCAGCUCAGAUUGUAGAAUAUUGGAAAAUCAACCAGACCUUUUUAAAAACUAUGGUGCUGAAAAAUACGGACCUCAUUCAGUUUGUCUAAUUCAAAAAUCAGCAUUUGUCAUGGAAAAGUGUGAAAGGAGGCUGAGUUACCCAGACUGGGGAAGUGGAUGUUAUCAGGUUUCUUGUUCUCCACAAGGUCUGAAGGUUUGGGUCCAGGAUACUUCAUAUUUGUGUAGUCGGGCCGGGCAGGUCCUCCCCGUCAAUAUUCAGAUGAACGGCUGGAUUCACGAUGGAAACCUGCUCUGUCCAUCAUGUUGGGACUUCUGUGAACUCUGUCCUCCAGAAAUAGAUCCUCCAGCUCCUAAUUUGACCCGAGCUCUGCCUCUAGAUCUCUGUUCCCGUUCCUCUAGCCUGGUGGUCACCCUCUGGCUUCUACUAGGCAAUCUAUUUCCUGUGCUGGCUGGAUUUCUUCUGUGUAUAUGGCACUAAGAAUGGAAAAGUGAAUUCUCAAGACAUUCCUUUGUGUCAUGUUCUUCUGAACAAAGCACAAAAUCUGGGUGAGUGCCAGCCUAUGCAGAUGGCAGAAGUGGCAUUCCUGACUUUGGCUUGGAAGUGUUGACUACAAUUAGACCUUGAAGCAGAGCUUCACAGCAGUCACUCUUCAUCAGCAGCCCAACAGCCUCAGAGCUUAGAGAAGGAGAAGAAAUUCCAAGUCACCAAGUCUCUUUAUUUUUCAGGAUACAUAACCUUCCUGAGGUUUUCCUUUGAAAAUGGGAUAAUUGGUGAAAUUUUCAGAUUACAUACCUCAGCAUUUUCAUUCACCUAAAACAAUGGGGAAGUUCAUCAAUGCUGCAAUAAUUUAAAGAACACCUAACUAUUGCAAGAUUACAAGUUGUGGAUCCUGUCCCCAGAAGUAUAAAUUGUCCUUCGACUUAGAGAAAACAAUUGAAUUGAGACUUCUAUACCAUUAUUAUACAUAUUUUGAAUUUAAUGACUGUACCUGUUACACUUAAAUUAUUGUUCUUGUUCUAAAAAGCCUUGUUUUAAAUUAUGUUUUGCUAAAUCUUAUGAUUUAACCAUGCUUGUCUUUUUCAAACUAGCUGUGUUGUACAAUAGUUUGCUACUGAAUCAUUAUGUGUUGGUAGCCCUCUUCCAGCUGUAUCUGUUACUCAUUGAUCUCCAGAACUCACUUUCUAAUUGUAUUCUCCGUUAGUUUACUAAUGACUUGAAAAACUUCGGAAGCAGAGAGAAAAAAAUACUCUGCCCUGUAAAAACAUUGAAGUCAUGAAAAGAGAAGAAAACAUAAUUGUAUGUUUUUCAGAUAAUAGUUAUGACAACUGUAAUCUAAUGAAAAACAGAACUAUUCCUCUUUGAGUAGUGAAGAUGAACUUCUCGUAUAGACAGGUAUGCAGUUAUUUUCACGUAGGCUUAGAAAUUGUUUCAGAAGAACUUCUGUCUGAAAAUUAUUUUAUAUAUAAGAAGAAAAAUAUAAGUCAAAACAAGAUGGGCUGAAUUAUUUACUAAUAACAAAGUGUAGGUUUGGUGUAGAGCCUGUCCAAUAGGGUCCACUUUACUGCACAACAUGUGACUUAGUUCACAGAAAUUGAAAGAUUGCCUUUGCUUUAAAAGGAGUUGAGGUCCUUUUACCUCCUGCUUUUGACUCUUCUUCAGUUACCACAUAGAUUCUGGUCCACAGAAGCAAUUCUGCUCUGGUACCAGAGCUUACCAACCCCACUUUACUAAUUAAAUUCUUUACUGAUAAUUGAUGCUCAGUUUUUCUCUCUAAAGCUUAUCAAGUCCUAUAGCAUUAUAAACACAGCCCUCAGAGAAGCGUUCAUUCAUUCAUUCAUUCAUUCAUUCAUUCAUUGGUUGGCCCUUUAAUUCAGCGUAUAGUUAUUGAGCACUCCGUUUGAGAAAUUGUGCUCAGUGAGAAGCAGCAUAAUUACUAAGGAAUAAUUUCAGCUGGCUGUUUGGCACUGAGGCCAGAGCAACCCUAGCAUAAAGGAAAGUCACCUUUUUUUAACGCAUAAAUUUAAAAUAUGUAUUUAAAUAUGCAGUUUUGAAUUAAAGGUAUUUGUCAUUGUGAAAAGCUUAGGGUCUCUAGCAUAUUCACCUCCAACUAAAGGAAGAUAACAGUAAAGAUAUCAGGCUAGUACUUAGUUUUCUGCCUAUUUCAUGUAUACCAUCAAUUGUGCAAGAUCAGAGAAAAGUAUAAAGUAUAUUUUUAAUUAUAAAAAUCUAAACUUACAUACCUAUUGUGAUUAUGAAUCAUCCUACAAAGUGUAUAAAGAAUUUCACCAAAAAUACUAUGGAUUAAUAAUAUAUUUUAGAUUUACAAUGAUAGGUUUGGUUAUAUUUUGACUGUUGUGCAGUAAUGCCAUUUAGGUAGUAUUGUUUCUGAGCAUGGUGCUUUUUAUACUUGAAAUAUAUUUUGCUUUAUUUUUUAUUGAUAUAAUUAUAUUUGCACUAAUGACUUUCUGGAGAAAAUAUUAUAGAUGACAUUUUUUCUAUAUAUAUUUAUUAAGCUUGGAAUCUGGUAGCCCAGUGUUUUCUGUGCACAAAUAUGAAACUUGAUAAAAUAUGAUGUUAAGAAAUCUUGAGUUUCUGAGGGUAACUAAAUACUCUUGUGUCAUCCCUCCUCUUCAACAAGUCUUGAAAGUGGUUGCUUACUUAUCACUGAUUCUGCGUAGUUUACUCAGUGAAGAUUUAGAAGGCCACUGAACCUAUAAGAAAUUUUAAGAAGCAUGUUUUAGUCACUUAGAUUAUGACAAUAUUCUAAAAACAAGAUUUUUAAAAUCUUUGAUUUCAGUGCAGAAUCAGUGGGCUAGAAUUCAGCUUUGAACUGAAGAAUUUGAAAUGGCCUAAAUGUCUGUAUUCUGUGUUAGGUUUCUUCCUUCAUGUUAGUAAAACCAGGUCACUGAGAAAGAGAUUGAGCAGACUGCUGCCAUGAUGGAAGUGAGAUGGGGUAGGGGAGUAGCUGACUUGGGAAUAGUAGACUGGAGUCCCUUUCUAACUCAAAAAGGGUCAAGUGCUUAUAAAAACUGACUACCUCAGUUUUCAGUUCAGACUUAGGUUCAUUUUGAUAGUAUUAAGGUCCCGAUUGUAUUAAGUGAAUUUGUCUCUCAGGUUUUGAAGAACAGAAUUUAAAGGAAGGAAGCAAAAGCCAUGUCAGUAGACUUGAGCUGACAGCUUUAAAGAAACUGGCAAGCAGUUAGGAAGUCUUAAUGUAGAUCCCGCUAAUAUGCUCCUGAAAAACAUCCUUUUCCCUUAUUUCUUAAGGAUGCUUAUUUUUGUUAAGACAAAAUACACAUUCUAAAAAUGUUAUAAAUUAUGCUUAAAAUUAGUUUCAGCCAAUUACGUUGGCUUAGAGUUUAUCAAUAGUUGAAGAUGAAACAUAAAUUAAUGAAGUUUAAAUAGUUUUAGGAAGAUACAUGAAUAAGUAUACCAGAGUAUUCUAUCACAUUUUAUCAGUAUUCUCCAAUAUGAGAAGACUCACAGAUUGAGACUCUGUAAAAUGCCUAGAUGCUUUCUCAGACUCUUUCCAGCUCUAAUACCCUGUGAGUCAUACUCAUCCAGAAUUACGAGGUCACGGCUGGUGCUGAAUCACCUCUUCGAGUGUGCCAGCUUGCACGUCCUGUUCAUCGCAGUGUCUUGUGCUUGAUGCCUUGUACUGUCCAUGUUCUUGGACACUGAAUGGAAAGAGAAGAGCCCGUCUCUGAGGGCAUCUGAGCAGUCCUGGCGGGAGGUGGACUUCAGUCACAGCCCCACAAGCCCGUUCCAUAAUGGGCACCAGUCAUCUGUGCGACAUCCUUGCAGCCCAGGAGGACCACCGUAUUUUAACAAAGCCUGGACUCCUCAUUGAAGAAAGAACUUACCUGAACGAAUGACUUGUUGGUUGGUUGGUUGGUUGGUUGGUUUUUGUUUAAUACAUUUAGUCAGAGUUGGAGAGGGAGUGAUGAAUUAUUUUAUGUUUACAUUUUUAAUAAAUAAAAUAGAAGAUUUAA